CCUUUUCUUUAGAUCUUCGAUCUUUUUGUUGUUGUUUGGUUGAUGGCGUCAUUGGGAGCGUCAACCAAAACAUCAGCAUUCCGUCCAUGCCCACAACCCAAAACAUAUAACAAAAGCAGUGCGAAAGCUAAGACAGGUUGAUGAAGUUGUCCACCUCGUUGUUCCUCGUCGCCACAGCAGCGGCUGCAAAAUGGUCGGUUUCCGCGUUUGGAUUGACCCACCCACUGGCCGCCAACCAUGGAAGACAGACGUGUGAGUUCAGUGUCAGCGUUUCCAUGGCGAAGGAGGAUGUCGGUGCGGACGAUGGUUUCUCCCGCCGAGACUUCUUAGCUGCUACGGCUGGUACUACUGCAGCUACGGCUGGUCUGUGGACGCCCUCUUCAGCGCUGGCAGCAGACGAUGCAGCUGCAACCUUGAAACUACCUCCCCUAGGUCUAGGUGCCUGGGCUUGGGGAGACAGUUUCUUUUGGGGUUACGAUAAGAAAGAAGACCAGGAACUCCAACGAGUCUUUGAUUAUGCCGUGGCAAACUCCAAGACAUCAACCACUUUGUUUGAUACGGCUGAACUCUAUGGCUUUGGACGUUCAGAGUCACUCUUGGGCGAGUUUUCCAAGAGUAUACCAGAGGGCAAACAGGUUCAGAUUGCCACCAAGUUUGCCGCACUUCCCACCAGAACCAAGCCGGAAAACGUUCUCAAGGCAUGUGAAGCUUCUCAAAAGCGAUUGGGAGGCCAACCAAUUGACUUAUACCAGAUACACUUCCCAAACGCCUGGUCCAAUGAAGAGUAUUGGGAUGGGCUGGCAGAAGCCUAUGAAAGAGGAUUGGUGAAGGCCGUGGGGGUGUCAAACUAUGGUGUGGAUGCUACAAGAGCCUGUCAUGCCGCAUUGGCCAAGCGAGGAAUACCACUGGCUAGCAACCAAAUCCAACUGAGCCUUUUGUACACACAUCCGUUGCAAAAUGGGCUGAUGGAAACUUGCCGAGAACUGGGAGUCCAGGUGCUCUCGUAUUCUCCCCUGGGAUUGGGUAUGUUGACGGGAAAGUACACACGCGACAAUCCUCCAAAAGGACCCCGCAAAAAGUUGUUUGAUCGGCUACAGGAUACACCGGACUUUGCCAAUUUGUUAACCGUCAUGGAUCAGGUGGGAUCGCAACAUGGCAGCGCUACCAAGGCACAGGUUGCCAUCAACUGGGCUCGGGCCAAGGGGUCGAUCCCAAUUCCAGGUGCCCGGACAGUUCGACAAGUUCAGUCGAAUUAUGAUUCAUUGGAUUGGUUACUAUCAAAAGAAGAAGAACAGAUACUGGAUGAAGCGGCCGAAAAGGUUACUAGCUUUGUGCAACCAUCUGAGGGCCCCUUUCCCAAGAAAGAUGUCAACACUGGGUUGAUAAUGUUUGAUUCAUAACUGAAAAAUCAAAAAUAAGCUUGCUUGCUGCCUGCAGUAGUGUUAUCGCUGGUUAGUACAGCGGAUCCUCUAUGGAAAACUACUAACAUUCACCUUUUCAGGACUACUGGGAUCCAAACGCUGGACUGAGCAGCAGCCAGAUGAGCUUUGCUUCCAAAGGGACAGGGAGAGUCGAGUGGAUGCUCCUUCC